GGCGCGCACUUCCGGUCAGAGCCGUGAACAAAACUGUGAAUAAAAGUCUGAGGAACCCGAACCCGAACAAACCCGAACAAACCCGAACCUGAACCCGAACCUGAACCCGAACUCUGACAAACUCCACCAGAAGGUUCCGGAAAACACAGACUCCUCGCGCUUCCGCUCCGGGACUUUUACUUUUCGCCUCUUCGGACCGAACCCGGAGACACCGGAGCUUUUCCCGCGACGCGCCGAGAAUCCACCCCGAGUCCGACGCUCCGAGUCCGGCUGAAGAACGACCCGAGCCCCGGGACACGACCAGCACCGAACCAGAACCGAACCAGGACCAGGACUAAACCCGAACUAAACCAGGUCUAAACCAGGACUGAGCCAGGACUAAACCAGGACUAAACCGGGACUAAACCGGGACUAAACCAGCACUAAACCAGGACUAAGCCAGGACUAAACCAGGACUAAACCGGGACUAAACCGGGACCGAACCAGGACUAAAUCUGGACUAAAUCAGGUCUAAACCAGGUCUGAAACAGGACUGAGCCAGGACUGAGCCAGGACUAAACCAGGACUAAACCAGGACUAAACCAGGACUGAGCCAGGACUAAACCAGGACUAAACCGGGACUAAACCGGGACCGAACCAGGACUAAAUCUGGACUAAAUCAGGUCUAAACCAGGUCUGAAACAGGACUGAGCCAGGACUGAGCCAGGACUAAACCGGGACUGAACCAGGACUAAAGCAGGACCAAACCAGGACUAUAUCUGGACUAAACCAGGUCUUAACAAGGACUGAACCAGGUCUGAACCAGGAUUAAACUGAGGCUAUAUCUGGACUAAACCAAGACUAAACCCAGACUGAACCAGGUCUGUCUCGGUGUAAAUCAGUGUGACUCAGUCUGGACUUGGUCUGAAAUCAUUGUGACUCGGUGUGACUCGGUGUGACUCGGUGUGACUCGGUGUGCAGGUGGGAUGUGUCCGGUGUCGGCGCGGCUGCGGGAGGCCGUCAGGAGGCGUCUGGCGGCGGCGGCCGAGGAAAUCUGUGACCUUCUGGAAGAAACUCUGUCUGAAUAUGAAGAAGAAACUCAGAGACAAAGACGAGCGCUCGAACAACUGCUCCGAGCGCACACAGACGGGGACUCGCCUGUGGGGGCCCCUCUCCUCUUCUCACAGCAGCCCGAGUCCCCCCCCCACCUGCUGAAACGGGAGCACGGGGGACAGGGCGUCACGGAUCAACUCUGUGGAGAGGCGAAGUCUGGGGAUCAGGUCUCAGAGGAGCAGGAGGACGUCACGGAUCAGCUCUGCGGAGACGUGAAGACCGAGGAGCAGGUCUCAGAGUUUUCAGAGGCUGGUGUGUUUCUUCAGUCGGAGCAGCAGGAGGCCCUGUCACAUGGAGCUUGGGCAGACGAGUCUCUGGACUUGGGCUCUGAUCCUCAGGACGCUCCCGCGUCUCCAGGGGGCGGAGCCGGGUCUCCGGCGGGUGGCGGCGCGUCCGGGGGCGGGGCGUCUCCGGCGGGACGCUCCAGGAGGCGGGCGCGGCGCGUCCGCGAGUGCCCUCUGUGCGGUCUGCGUUUCCAGUCGACCUUUAACCUGGAGACGCACCUGCGCGUGCACACGGGCGAGCGGCCGUUCAGCUGCUCCGUCUGCGGAAAAACCUUCAACCGCAAAGACAGUCUGAACAACCACCGCAAGAUCCACCAGGGCGAGACCUUCUGCUGCGGCGUCUGCGGCAAACGCUACAGCGACAAGUCCAACCUGCGCCGCCACGCCAUCACCGCCCACGGCAACGCCAGCGCCGCCCACGCCCACGCUCACGCCGACAUGCUCGCCAACGCCGGACAUACAAACGCCAACACCCACGCCGACACGCACGGCGACAUACAUGCCGACAUACAUGCCAACAUGCACGGCGACAUGCACGCCGACAUGCACGCCGACAUGCACACCAACAUGCACGCCGACAUGCACGCCGAUGUGCACGCCAUGAGUCAUGCGCACGCCGUCACUCACAGUCACGCCGCCUCAGAGACUCACCCACGGACUGUUCAUGCACAUGCUGUCCACACGAGGCGCUAGAGCAGCACAACGUCCGGGUCUGGGUCCGGGUUGGGGUCUGGGUCCGGGUCUGGAUCCGGGUCGGGGUCCGGGUCGGGGUCGGGGUCCGGGUCAGGGUCCGGGUCCGGGUCAGGGUCCGGGUCUGGGUCCGGGUCGGGCUCAGGCUCUGGGUUCAUUUGACCGUCUCAGGUCAGAGACAGAAGUGGGCGGGGCUGGAGGACGUUUGAUCACUUUUCUCUUCGGCUGGAGUCAAGAGUCUUUAUCUGUGACUACAAAGACCAUGAUCCUUUGCUCUGGACUUUUAUUAAACGGUUUUUAUUUUUUUAUCUGAACAUUUUUACAAAGUGAACAAAAGUUUGUUGUUGUUUUGUUUGUUUGACUGAAAAUUAUCUCGGAGGAAAACGAGACUCGUGACUUUUAAAAACCUGAAAGUUUAAUGUUUGUGAGACGUUCUGAGACGUUCUGAGACGUUCUGAGAUGUUCCAGCUCCUGAGUCUGGGAGAGCAAAGCAUCAUGGGACGUGUGUGACCUCUGACCCCCACAUGUGCUCUGGGGGUCACAGGUCGUCCGGCUCUCACAGGAAGUGCAGCGUCUGUGUGGGAACACUUCCUGUUUACUGUAAACAAACUCGCUCCACAGGAAACGAGAGGAGGAGAAGAAGAGAAGAGGAGAAGAGGAGAAGAGGACAGAGGGAGAAGAAGAGGAGGAUGUUCAUGUUCAUGUUGUGUCCAAAUUGACUGAGCGACACUGAAACAAAACACACUGAUCCACAUGAAUCUGUGUUUCAUUCGUUUAUUCGUUUUUCAAUAU